AUUUCAAGUUUUCAUUAUGCAAAAUGUUUUUUAUAUUGGUACUCUUUGAUAGAGGCAGUGAAACCACAGUAGUUGAAUGGGCCUACGGUGACAGAGCAUGGCCCUCUGGUGACAAGAAUGAAGAGAAGAGUAUCAAUAUUUUGGGAAAGCAUGAUUCAGCAUGCAUGGUGAGAGUGGAGUCGGACAUGGUUCCAGCAGAAGUUGGCAAUGUAAUGCAGAGCCAUAUUUAGAGCCAUCUCAUAUUGCUCACAGGCAAUAAGGGACUUUCUCUCGCAAUAUCAACCGACAAACUACAGUAGUGCUUGAGGGAUUUUAACUUACUUACAUUUCUGAUAAUCGAUUUCCAAAAUAUUUAAUGGAAUACACUGGAAUUUGUUUUCAAUUUCAUUAAACGUUGCCAUGGAAAAACGGGUGGAACGAGUGAAGCACACAGGCGGAUGCCAUUGUGGGGCUGUCAGAUUCGAAGUCUGGAAUUCCCCAGACCUUCUGGUUUUCGACUGCGACUGUAGCAUCUGCACCAAGAAGCAAAACCAUCAUUUCAUUGUGCCAGAAAAUCAGUUUACCCUUUUACAGGUAAUACAACAUUUUUACAGGGUGAAGUUUGGUAAUAGCUCUACCAGGUUGGUCAGUUUGAAUGUUAAUUUGGUUAAUUUCUUGUUUCAGGGUUUGGAGAAUAUUAACACAUAUACAUUUAAUACACAUAUUGGCAAGCACACAUUUUGUAGUACCUGUGGAGUCCAGAGUUUCUUCACCCCACGUUCCAAUCCAGAUGGAUAUGGCAUAGCUCCUCACUGUUUGGACCCAGGUACUAUACGCAGUGUGACAGUAGAGAAGUUCUGUGGACAGAAGUAUGAGGAGACCAUGAAGAACCACCCGAAUAUCAGAGACUUGUCCAAGCCUGCAGCAGGAACACAUACAGUUGAAGUCGGAAGUUUACAUACACCUUAGCC